UAUCGAGGUCCAUCCUCUAUGAGGAAGUGUUGGUAGUGCAGCGAGCGUGUAUUGUGUAGAUUGUUAUUACCUUUCUGUUUAUUGGGAUCCAGUUUCCCUGUUAUUGGUGUUCCGGGAUUGUCAGUAACUGCCUUAGUAUUGUACAUCGGCCUUAGCCCGUCACCUGUUUGUCAUGUUCCAUCUGGAAGCCACUGAUGGCAGCGGAUCUACCCCACUGACCACUGGUGAAACUGCUAUAGGAAGAGGACCCUUCUUGGGUAUUGCAGAUAAAAGGGUAUCCAGAAAUCAUGCAUUGCUUGAAGUGGUGGAUGACAAGCUGCGCAUUAAACCGGUACAUGUGAAUCCUUGUUUUUAUCAAAAGGCUAGCACAAAUUCUUUUUCACCUUUGGAAAGAGACAAAUGGCAUUGGCUGCACAAUGGUGACUGCUUUUCCCUCUUACCAGACAAAUAUAUUUUUCGCAUCAUUACUGCACAUUCAGCAGAGAUAUUAAAAAGAGACAGUGAAGAUGAAGGUGUCUUAAGUAAUGAUCCCCAGUCCUCUACAUCUGCUGCUGGAAUAAGCGAAGAAACGGAAAAACCUUCAUGUUCUGUCACCGAUACCUCUAAGAAAGUUAUUUUGCAGCAAAUUCAAAAUGCUCAUACGGAGGAAAAGAAAAUAAUCCACGAUGGACCGUCUCCUAUAUGUAAAGAAAUUGUGGAUCUGUCAAGAUCCACCCCAAGGAAACGUGUCCUGCCAGAUUGGAUGUUGCAAGGAGAUCUUAAGAUUCAAAGCCUUUCAUCCCCUGAUAUUAAAGCGGGAACUAGUGCCAAACGAAGAGUUAAAAGAGAAAAUGUUAGUACGAAUAAUACAGAAGAACAUUUGUCAGAAAGAAAACGUAAACUCUCACCGGACAACAAACUUAAUAAAGAAAACAUUCUUACAAAGAAGAAAAAUAUUGCGUCUCUUCUUGAACCCAAGGCCUCAGCUGAAGUGUCCAUGGAUACAUUUCAUGGCAAAACCCCCAUUAAUAGUUUAAGUGAUAAACACGACAGAGAUUUGUUAGAUGAAGAUAUGGAUCUGCAAAACAAUGAGGAGCACGAUACACAUCUGCAAACUGAAAAAAGUCCCAGCAGAAACAAUGAAGAUGAACAACAAAGCAGUAUGCAGUCAGCUAAGCACUUAAAGCCACAUCAUUUAGAAAUAUCUGAUGAAGACGAUCAAGAUGAAAGCUCUUCCACAAACAAAACAUCUGCAAGAGCAGAAUCCCCUCAGGGUGGUACCCAAACAACUAGUAAGAGACAAGCAUGUAUUUAUGGGGAUCGUUGCUACAGGAAGAACCCAGUUCAUUUUCAGGAGUUCUGUCACCCGGGAGACAGUGAUUAUUGUGAAGCUGAGAAUGGAAGUCAAGAUGACAGUGACGAUAGGCCAGAAUGUCCAUAUGGAACUGAUUGUUAUCGAAAAAACCCUCAACAUAAGUUAGAAUACAAGCACACCAAACCUCCAGGCAGAAGACUAAGGCGAAAACCUGCAAAAAAGGGUAAAAGCGAUGAGGAACCUAAUGAAUAUGACCUGGAUGAUAGCUUCAUAGAUGAUGAGGAGGAGGAUUUUGAUUUCACUGAUGAAGAUUCAGACUGGGUGCCUGAUUCAGAAGAAAAAGACUCUGAAGAUAUUAACCUGCUUUUAAAGGAAUCAAAACGAUUUGUAAAAGGGAAACACUAACAUGCAGAUCUGUACAACAUUAAACUCCCUUUUAUAACACAUACAAAAAAUAUUUUAAUGAAAUUUAAUGAUUUGCUCUUGGCAUUGUAAUACAAAUAUUUUUUUCUAUAAAUGUAAAAUGAUUUAUUAAAUGGAAAUAUAGGGUAGACGUUACUUAAGAUAUUUUAGAUUUUAUGUUUUAUUUAGUUAUGAUCUGAUAUAAUUUAAUACAAUACAAUUUGUGUAGUGUGGUUUAAAAUCCUUUAGAUUUCAUUUAAAGCUGUUUGUGUUCAGCAAAUUUGCAUUUGAGUGCAUAUUUCUCUAUUUUAAAUUAGUCACUAUUCUUCUUUCUUUAAAAAAUGUAAACUCAUUUAAAAGAGAAUGGUAAUGUCUGUCAGGGGUAAACCUUUAACCAAAUACAUUAUAAGAGCAAUUUUACACAAAGAAAACGAUGAAAAAAUAGAAAAGUUGCUUUUAUAGAAACAUACAAAAUCUUUAAAGUGAAUGUAAACGAGAAUAUUAGCUCAAGUCAUACGAUAUCAUUUAAAAAAUGAAUGAGACUUUCAUUCAUUAAAUGUGUAGUAUAUAUUAUUAUUAUUAUUAUUCUUUAUUUAUAAAGCGCCAACAGAUUCCGCAGCGCUGCCCAUGGGUACAAGGAUAAUAGUACAAUGGAGAAGCAAUACGAUAAAAGACAAAAUUUUACAGACAAAUACAGGGGGAAUUGAGGGCAACUUUCUAAUUUACUCCUAUUACCAAUUUUUCUUCGUUCUCUUGCUAUCUUUAUUUGAAAAAGAAGGCAUCUAAGUUUUUGGUUCAGAGCUAUGGACAGCACUUUUUUAUUGGUGGAUUAAUUUAUCCACCAAUCAGCAAGGACAACCCAGGUUGUUCACUAAAAAUGGGCCGGCAUCUGAACUUACAUUCCAUUUCAAAUAAAGAUACCAAGAGAAUGAAGAAAAUUUGAUAAUAGGAGUAAAUUAGAAAGUUGCUUAAAAUGUUAUGCUCUGUCUGAAUCACAGACUCCCUUUAAAAAUCUCAGAAGAUAAGUAUAUACUACACAUUUGAUGAAGGAAAGUCUCAUUCAUUUUUUAAAUUCUAUCGUAUGACUUGAGCUAAUAAGCUCAAAUUUACAUUCAUUUUAAGCUGCAUGUUUGUAUAAAAUGUUUUAUAUAUAUAUAUUUUAAAGAUGAAACAAUUAUGUCAGAUUAAUUAAAUGUAUGUUUAUAAAUGACUGUGUGAAAUUUGAUGGGCAGUACACAUACAUUAUUUUUUUCAGUAGCUUUAUUUCAAACAUAUAUAUGGCAAAGCAGAGUAAGUUGAGGUUUACUUUUCAUGCCCAUUAGGUGCUAUUAUUUAGUAAACCUAUGUAUAAAUAUAAAGUAUCAUUUAUUAAAAAGACUCCAUGACAGUCUAACUGUGUGAUGUUGGCAACAUAAUAUAUCUCAGUACUUUAUGGACAAUUUUACGAUAGUAUUUCAAUAAAUAAAUGGCUAUAAGUUA